AUGUCUGGACGCAGAUUGGAGGGCAAAAUCGUAAUUAUAACAGGCGGAGCAAGCGGGAUCGGGGCUGAGUCCGUUAGGUUAUUUACGGAACACGGUGCUCGAGUCGUUAUAGUCGACGUACAAGACGAGCUAGGUCAAAACGUUGUCGUUUCGGUAGGAGAAGACAAGGCGAGUUAUUACCAUUGUGACGUCACGAACGAGACAGAAGUUGAAAACGCCGUUAAGUACACCGUCGAAAAACAUGGAAAGCUUGACGUUCUGUUUAGUAACGCCGGAGUUAUAGAGAUGUUUUCAAGCAUCCUUGACUUAAACCUUGUUGACUUAGACCGAACAAUGGCUAUUAACCUCCGCGGUGCAGCCGCAUUCAUUAAGCAUGCGGCACGUGCCAUGGUGGAGAAAGGCACCCGCGGCUCCAUCGUUUGCACCACCAGUGUCGCGUCUGAGAUCGCCGGAACCGCACCACACGGCUACACGGCAUCCAAGCAUGGACUAUUGGGAUUGAUCAAAUCGGCAUCAGGUGGAUUGGGACAAUAUGGGAUAAGAGUAAACGGUGUUGCUCCGUUUGGGGUUGCAACGCCGUUAGUAUGUAACGCUUUCAACAUGGAGUCACACUUGGUGGAGGAAUUGACGUUAGAAUCGGCGAAUCUAAAAGGUAUCGUGUUGAAAGCUCGCCACGUGGCAGAAGCUGCUCUGUUUUUAGCAUCCGAUGAUUCGGCUUACGUUAGCGGACAGAACCUAGCCGUUGACGGUGGUUACACGGUGGUUAAGCCGUAG